AUGGGCGACGCUAACCCCGCCGACCCGACCGCUCUUCCGGGCUUCGGCCAGGACCAGCCCGACCCUGUCCGAUUUCCAAACACCAGACUGCGAAACUCGCGAUCAGCCUCCAUCUCGACAUGGACCACCACCUCGGGCGGCGGUCACUCCCACACUCAUUCGCAACCCCACAACAACCCGCGCGAAUCCGAGCAAUGCCGUAUCUGCAGAGGCGACGCCUCUCCCGACGACCCCUUGUACCACCCGUGCAAGUGCAGUGGAAGUAUCAAAUGGGUCCAUCAAGAAUGUCUGAUGCAAUGGCUCGCCCAGACCCAGAGGAAACACUGCGAGCUGUGCAAGACGCCCUUCCGCUUCACCAAGCUCUACGAUCCCGACAUGCCCAGGACCGUCCCCGCCCAUAUCUUUGUCGCCCACAUGUUCAAGUACUCGGUCCGUAAGCUCCUCGCUUGGGCAAGGGCCGCCCUCGUCGUUAGUGUCUGGCUUGGGUGGCUCCCCUACUUUAUGCGCUCGGUAUGGGCCCUGCUGUUCUGGCUCUGUGAGGAAGGCUGGGGAGGUCCGGCUGUGUUUUCAAGGUCUCAAAACACAUCAUCUUCAAACGGCUUCUCCGUCAGGGCUUACGGCACCACCGUAUGUCCAGCUAGUCCACUCUUUGUCGCCCACACGUCUCCAGCUAGCAUGGGGGCCGUGUUGGGACGUCUGCCCCUGAACUCGACCCAGUUCGUAAACAGCCUUACUGGUGCCGGUUCUGGCGCAGGCCAUUCCUUCCUUUCCCUUUUGCUUCGCACCAUAUUUGGCUCAGGUGGUAUCGUGGACAGGCCUCCCCCGCCCCUCAAGGAGAUCCCCAGUCAGCUCGCUAAUAACGUUACUGCGACUCUGUACAUCGACCAAGCGGCUUCACCUUACAGCAAUGCAUCAUUGGCCCAUUCACCUUCGCUUCUCAGCGAGGUCGGCUUUUUAAAGAACCUGACUCGGAACCCGACCGUCAACAACAACAUCAUUGCGGUACUCGAGGGCCAGAUCAUCACCGUCCUUGUUGUUGUCUGUUUCAUCUUGAUUAUUCUUGUCCGAGAUUACGUUGUUCAACAGCAGCCGGAAAUCAACGAGCGCGCCGCUUUUGCCAACCUUCAAAACGUGCAGCCCCAGGUUGCUCCGCUCAAUGUUCCCGGCCCUGCCUUGAACGGUGACCUUGACGGUGGUCUCGGAGAAGAAGAAGAAGAAGAAGAGGAGGAUGCAGGUACUGACGACGAACAUGGCUGGGAUGCUCAGCCUCCCCAGCCUAGAGCCCCGCCUGACAGGCAACCCGUCAACAAUCCUUAUGCUUCGGACUUGGAAAGAGAACUCGGAGAAUCAGACUCAUCAACUAUAGACGAGUAUCUCAAUCUUUACAGAGAGGCCGGCGGAAACCCGGACCGAAUCGUGGAGCUAGCCCAGGAGCGUGGUUUGGAGGAAAGGUUGGCUUACUGGAUAGCUCUUACCAAGACCAUGAAGGAGCGCGCCGCUCGAGUUCAGGCAAAUUACAAUGAUGGCCUCAACUCUUCCGCAGCGGAAUCCAGUACUAGCGCAGCAGGGAGACCGUCAGGCCACAACUUGGAGAUGGACAGCACUCCUGCCGCUCCACGACCCGAUCCGUUUGAUGACUGGCGCUAUCCUUUGGAAGAAGAUGAUCAUCAGGGUGAGAAAGCCGGAGAUGGUUCUAGGGACAAGGGCAAGGGCGUUGCGACUGAUGAUUUCGACACCGAGUCGGACUCCGAGAUUCUCGCUUCUUCGGCCAGGCCUCGCGCUAAUACAGAUGGGCCCGAAAUCAGAAUGUACACCAAUCCUCUGGGAAGCAACAGCUGGUCUUUUAGCGACUUACCAGAAGAUGACCCGAACAGUUCAUCCACGGAAGAAAAGGCCUCUCAGGUUAUUGCAACGCCCCCAGAUCUCACUAAUGACAAUGAUUCUUCCAACACCGAGGUCGAACCUUUGCUCGCUUCACUGGCCGGUCCAGCAGAAUCCGAGUCAUUCCAGGAGAAUCGUAGCCAAGAUGGCAAUAGGGAUACAGCCGCUGAUGCCCAUGCGGAACCACAAGCAUUGACAGAUAUAUCCUGGCCCAACCUCGACGAGAGCACGGCAGAUAGCCCCGCACAACCUCCUCAACCUCGUGGAUUCGUCCCUAGAGUGACCGAUUUCAUGUGGCAAGGCGUUGAGGCGGAUCAGGCGCAACAGGAUGCUAUUGAUAUUAUCGCUGACGCUUUGAUGAGACGGGACGACCAAGACAACGUGGACGUUCGCGAUAACCCUGGACUUGACAACGAUGAUGACUUGGACCAGGAUGAUGACGCCGCAGCAGCAAUCGGCCUCGAACAAGACGCCAUUGAUGAUGCCGAAGACCUCGAGGGCGUCCUGGAGCUUCUUGGCAUGCGCGGGCCUCUGGCUGGCCUAUUCCAAAACGCCAUCUUCUGCGUUCUGCUCGUGUCAGCUACCAUUUUUCUCGGACUGUUCAUUCCAUACAACAUCGGUCGCUAUUCGCUGUGGUUCAUUGCGAAGCCUAUGCGCCCAGUCUGGAUCCUCUAUAGUCUGUGCAGGUUCAUUCAGGACAUGGUUGUCAUUGCCUUCGGGCUCGUUUCCCACGCGCUAUCUCUGGUGCAUCCCAGUCUAGGGUUGGGUGGUGUGGCUCGCCUGGCUACGAAACUCCUCUUCGGCAGCCGCCACGCCGCAGCGAUUCUUGAUCCACAUGUUGAAAUGACCAACGCCGCCAAGCGAGUUGGACAUACGGUCAUCAACGAGCUCGGCCGCGUAUCCAUGUCAGAGAUUCACACCUUUUCUGCGGUAAGUCAUGAAGCCUUAUUGUCGGUCAAGGGGCAAGUCUUUUCCGGCUUUACCGCCCUGGGCUCCGCGCUUGUCUUCCUUUUUGGAGGGGACUACUCUACCAAAGCUCCUAUAGUGCUCUCCGCUGCGAGCAACGCGACUACAUUCGCGUUGGGCGCACUCAAGACUCUGCCGACUGCCUUGUUGAAGCCUAACCUGGUCAUCAACGUCAACUUUCCUGACGCGAGUCAUACCAUUGACCCAGCAUUGGCAUACUGGAAUGGCACAGACAGAUUUUGGGCAAUCCUUGCCGGCUACCUCACGAUUUACAUCGCGGCGGUCUUGUACCUGCGUCAUGGCGGACCCAUAUCAUCCAGCCCAACCGGACAGGAAUGGGAGGCAGCUCUCAUCGACGCGCUCAACCAGGCAAGCGGUGUGAUGAAGGUCAUCCUUAUCAUUGGCAUCGAGAUGCUCGUCUUCCCGCUUUAUUGCGGAAUGCUUUUGGACAUUGCACUCUUGCCCUUGUUCGAAAAUGCCACCCUCAUGUCUCGCCUCCAAUUUACCCUCAACUUUCCCAUGACAUCGAUCUUCGUCCACUGGUUCGUGGGUACGGCUUACAUGUUCCACUUUGCAUUGUUCGUCUCCAUGUGCCGCAAGAUCAUGCGCCGUGGAGUUCUCUACUUCAUCCGCGACCCAGACGAUCCCGAGUUCCACCCGGUACGCGACGUACUGGAGCGCAAUGUCACGACCCAGUUGCGGAAGAUUGCCUUUUCUGCUCUCGUCUACGGCGCGCUUGUCAUAAUCUGUCUGGGUGCUGUGGUCUGGGGGUUGGCGCUCUCUUUGCCCAAUGUCCUGCCGAUUCACUACUCGUCCAACGAGCCAGUGCUCGAGUUCCCGCUUGAUCUUCUCUUUUACAACUUUUUGAUGCCCUUGGCCGUCAAGUUCUUCAAACCUGGUGAUGGACUUCAUGCUAUGUACACUUGGUGGUUUCGCACUUGCGGCCGGUGCUUGCGGAUUACUUGGUUCCUGUUCGGGGAGCGCAAGGCAGAUGAAGAAGGCCGUCUGCGCAUGAUUGAGAGAGGCCCCGAUGCCCAGGUAUCAUGGUGGCAGGCUAUGUUCCUUCAAUUGGAUGAGUCCAAUGGGAUUGUGAGACCGUGGAAGCCCAAGUUCCUGGCCGAAAGCACCAAGGCUGAGACUUCCGAGUCCGAACCUGAAUCACCGAAUAUCCGAGGGUAUGUGCCGUCUGAGGCUGAGGCUGCUACCAGGAAACUGUCUCCUGAAGAAGGCUUCAAGGAUUACUUGGUCAAUACCAAGCAACUGAUUCCUGAUGGCCGCUUCGUUCGCGCUCCGGCAUCUGACCAGGUCAAGAUUCCCAAGGGCAAGACGGUGUUCCUUGAGGUGACGGAGAGGAAUGAGAGACUGGACGGCAAGCCUGAUGUACCCGAGACCGACCUUUACUCGACCACGCAGUACCGUCUGGUCUAUGUCCCACCGCACUUUCGAAUCCGCAUCUUCUUCUUCAUUCUCCUCAUCUGGUUGUUUGCCGCCGCUACGGGCGUCGGCAUUACGAUUAUCCCCUUGGUCUUUGGCCGCUGGAUGUUCAAACUCUUGAUCCCGGAGGGCGUAAGGACGAAUGACAUUUACGCCUUUGGCAUCGGCAUCCACGUGUUGGGGGUGAUUGUCUACGCGCUCAUCAACAUCCGGUCCCUUUCUCAGACCGCCAAGAUUCGGACCACCGCAGCUGUCGCAUCGGUCUUCAACAACGGCGCAGUCCGCCGCAGCCUGGCCGUCAUCACCCGCAUCGCCAAGAUCAUCUACUCCUACGUCUUCCUCCUGAUCGUCUUUCCCCUCAUGAUCGCCUCCGUUGCCGAGCUCUACAUCAUGAUGCCCCUGCACGAAUUCAUGUACAGCGUUCCCAUCGCCCAAGACAUCAAGCAGGUCACCAUCCAACACGCGGCCGCUCUCAACCCGCGCCACACCAUCCGCGUCAUGCAGUCCUGGACCAUUGGUCUUUUGUACCUGAAGCUUUCGGUAAGGGGAAUUACCACCUGGUUCAGCGGCAGCCGUCUUGCCCUCGCUACCAAGGCCGUGCUGCGCCGUGGCUGGUUCAACCCCAACGCCGGGGUCUUGACCCGCGCAUUCGUCAUCCCUGCCAUCCUCCUCUGGACCGUCGCUAUGGCCAUUCCUACCCUCUUCGCCAAGUUUAUGAUCUCCUGGAGCCUGGCGGAGACUUUGACUCUUCGCCACCCUCAAGCCGUUAACGUCGACGGCGUGGUGGACCAGACUCUCUACGACGCCUACGUCGUGCUCAUCUACCGGCGCAGCUUCCCGCUUACAGCACUUUUGCUGUUGGCUGCGGCGGCGGUGUGGGGCCUGCUGGGUGUGUUCCAGAGUUGGAAGAUGAGGAUCAGGGAUGAGGCGUAUCUGAUUGGGGAGCGGUUGCAGAAUUAUGGAGGUGGGAUGCCGCAGAGGGGUCUUGGAAGGGGGACGAGGGGUGGAUGGAGAGCUGGGAUGGCUGUUGGAGGGCGGUGAUGAGGAUACCUUGUCAGUGUGAAGAAAGAAGAGAGAUGGAGAGAUUCUGAAAAGAGAGGAAGAAAAGCAGAAGGGUAAAGUAAAGGGGAGGUGGGGAGAGAACAGCGGGAGAAGGCCAAUGAUACCAAACUGGACUUGUAUAUGUUAAAGAAUUGACAUAGCGUAGCAUAAAAGGAUAUUGAUUUGUUUACUU